AUGAAGAAAACAAUCGAGUGCAAGUGCUGCCAGUUGUUGGUGUUCAAUACCCCAGAAUUGUGGAAUCCUGCAAGCGCUAGAGAUUCAUCUCGUUGUGAUCCAUUCCUCAGAGAAGCUCAAAGGAAUUCAAUAACAAGAUUCGGACUAGUUGUGAUGGGUUUGGUGACACUGAAGAAUGCCCUCUGUGCAGGGUUUGUGGUGUUCCUGAUCAGCGGUUUGUCCUGCACCGAAGCCUUCCCGCACAAAGAAAUAGUGGAGCAGAUUUCCCAGGCAAAUGACAUUUUGCCCUCUUUUCCCAUUCUGAAUGACAUUCGUGAGAUUUAUCUCACACCCUUGGAGCGAUUUCACCUCGUGGCGACGAAAUUCAGCUGGUAUCCGUGGUACAAAGAGGAUGCAACAUUUGCCACUGACGACAUUCAUCCAAUUUGCGAAAAUCGCUCAUCCAUCGACGAUUUGCCCGAUGAUUUGUUUACUCAGGAGCAGAGGCUUCAGGGAGCAAUUAUCCUUCACUUUCUCGGUGCCAUAUAUUUCUUCACAAUGCUGGGCAUUGUGUGCAAUAAUUACUUCAUCCCGGCGGUGGAGUGUAUAUGCGAAGACUUGAAAAUAUCACGGGAUGUGGCCGCUGCUACAUUCAUGGCAGUUUCCGGCACAAUCCCUGAGCUCUUCACCAACCUCAUCAGUACUUUCAUCACUGAUUCACCGAUGGGUCUUGGCGCCAUCAUUGGCUCUCUGCUGUACAACACACUUGGAGUUGCCGCUGUUUGUGGUUUGGCGACAAUUAGUCCAGUGCAAAUCAAUUGGUUUCCUCUCGGGCGCGACUGCUUCAUCCUCUUUAUCAAUUCUGCCCUGCUCACGGGAUUCAUCUGGGACGGCGAAAUCGCCUGGUAUGAGGCAAUGGUGAUGGUCAUUUGCUCCAUUCUCUACUUCAUCGUCCUCUUCCAAAAUCCGCGCAUUGAGCGUCUGAUCAAGAGUGUCGUGGAAGACAGAUGGAACUGCUUCACUGGUCCGCGAUACAAUAUGACAGAGCCUGAGCCCAAGAGAACUUCCGCUGCAGACACCCAACAGCGUCAACCUCCUCGUCCGAGCUCCAAUUCCAUCACUCCUUCUGUCAUUUCGGUGAAGGAAAGAGCCGCCGACGAGGCAAAUCCCAGACUAUCAACGCCCAAAAUCGAACCACCGAAGAAGAGCCCAAAAUCUCUGUUCAAGAUUCCGAAUGACAAAAUCAUCAUGCGCAUCUGGUUCUUCUACUCCUGGCCCAUCCAGUUCUUUCUGCGCUACACCGUGCCCAGUCCGAAGUACCAUCGCCGCUGGUAUCCUCUGACCUUCAUUAUGUGCAUCGCCCUGAUCGGCGGCAUUGCAUUCAUGGUCUUCUGGAUGAUCGCGAUCAUCGGCUACACCUUCUACAUCCCGGAAUCAGUCAUGGGCAUGACUCUGCUCGCCUGGGGAAGUUGCAUGCCAGAAGCUGUGGCGUGUGUCUUGGUUAUUCGCAAAGGAAUUGGCGGAAUGGGUGUAUCAAAUGCACUUGGCUCAACCUCCCUGGCCAUCCUCAUCUCCCUCGGCUUCCCGUGGUUCGUGCGCACCCUCGUGGACGGCGAGCCUUUUAAUGUGGUCUCCUAUGGCGUGGAAUUUACAACGAUGACGAUGCUCCUCGCCACCACACUCCUCUUCACUGUGCUGGCACUCUUCCGCUUCAAACUGAGGAAGACGUCGGGAAUCAUCCUCGUGGGAGUUUAUGCCAUCUUCGUCACUUUUGCCAUCCUCAAUGAAAUUGACAUCUUCUUCGCAUCUGGCAUCUAUUGUGACUGAUUUACGGGCGUGACUCAACGGAGAUUCAAUCGACAAGCGCACUAAUCUAACGUUAAUUCCUCCUGAGUUGUAGAAAAUCACGGUAGUGACGAGAAUUAGAGAUAGGCGUAGAUUCCAUGAGGAAUAAUAAAGUAGAAUUGGCAGCAAAAAAUCUGUGAUGCUAUCGUGAUUGCAAAGUGUGAUGUAAAGAGAGUGAUAAGGCAAUGUGAGAUAUCUUAAGCAUAGUAUUUUUGCCUUAUGCUGAUUUCUCAUCAGACAAGUCUAUCACGCGCUAUAAUAAUGAAAACAAUUUUUUCCCAGCUACAUAUGUUAUGUACAUACCUCGAUAUAGAGCACAUAAAGAUGUUA